GAUUAGCGAGUAUGAUUUAUAGAAAAGUCUGAUCUUGUUAUAACUACAUAUGUAUUUUUAAGUGAAAGGAAAAAAAUAUUCCUUCCGUCUCCGGAGACAUUUAUCAUGGGGACGCACAUGGUACGAUUUUCCCCUUAACGGGACGUCAUCCAUAUAACAAAAUCAUACUAUGUUUGAAAGUUUGGAAAGGCUUGAGGGUGACACUUUUCCUACAGAGUCAUAGUCAGUUUUAGCUUACAGCUCGUACAGUACGUGGGUGUACUGUACCACAGCUGAAAACUCCUCUGUGUGUAAUCGGGCAUCUCUGGAAACCGUGAGAGGAAAUGGUUUUAAAAGAAAAAAGGAAAGACAAAGACUAUAGAGAGAUUGCCGGGAGCUUAAUUUUUAAUCGUGGCCAAAGAUGGCAAGAUGAAUAGAAAACCAGAUAUUAGGAUGUGAGGGUCCUUGGAGCGCUGCACUCUGAGAGAGGGAGUCAGAAGGAGUAGAUAAGGUUAAGGAAGGGAAAUAUUUUAUUCUGUGUGUCGCAGGCUGUAGAAGCGAUCACCGUUAAAGGGUCUGCCUUUAAUCCAUCCCAUCCCAUCCCCCAUCACCGUACCAUGCACACUCCUCUAACCAAUUUCAUAUUUCACCCCCUGUUUCACCUAUCACCCUGCCUGUAAGGACAUUAACCCCUCUUACAAACCUCCCUCUCAUCUCUGACCCAAUUGUUUUUCGGGGGGAAUGAGGGGUAAGAGGGGUCCAUUGUGUGUUCCACAGAGAGAAGAGGAGGAACCGCAUACAACCCCCCACCCACUUCUUUGUACACGCCACACACACACACACACACACAUACACUGCGGUCCCACAUGGUUGUCAGAUCGUGUGUAGAAAUGUUGGGGGUCCGGUUGCUUCCUGGGUUUAAGGGUAAUGGCUGCUGGUCUCUAAGGUUCUUGUAAAAGUCUUAAAAGGAAAGAAAAAGAGAGAAGAGCAGGGAGAUGAAAGGAAAAGGGGUGGAGAGGCUGACACAAAGAGGAGAGGCAGCAGGGACGCCCGAGUGUAUAGUCUGUGAACUUUGCCAUCUGGGACACUGUCGUCCGACGCCAUGAGCUGGAGCUUCCUUACACGUCUGUUGGAGGAGAUUCAAAACCAUUCCACACCAGUGGGGAAACUCUGGCUUACAACAUUAGUUGUAUUCCGCAUUGUGCUGACAGCAGUUGGUGGAGAGUCCAUUUACUAUGACGAGCAGAGCAAAUUUGUGUGUAACUCAGGCCAGCCUGGCUGUGAAAACGUCUGCUAUGAUGCCUUUGCGCCACUUUCACAUGUCCGGUUCUGGGUCUUCCAGAUCAUCUUCUCUGCUAUGCCGUCACUCCUCUACAUGGGUUAUGCAGCUAAUAAAAUCUCCCGCACCAAGGAGAUGCCAGGGACUGGGGAUGGAGAUCCAUCAGGGGAUGGAACAGAAGGAGGGUACGCACACCGACGGCCAAGGAAGCUUUACUUUGGGGCACGUCAGCACCUGGCAGGGCACGAGAAUUCUGGGGAGGAGAGAGAGGAUGACCCAAUGAUCUAUGAGGUGCCUGAGAUGGAUAACACUCGAAGGGAGCUUGUUCCACCACGUCCCAAACCCAAAGAGCGUCAUGAUGGGCGGCGGCGGAUACGGGAUGAUGGCCUGAUGCGAGUGUAUGUUCUGCAGCUACUGACACGGUCAGCCUUGGAAGCGGCCUUCCUGGCUGGCCAGUAUCUGCUAUAUGGCUUUCAUGUGGCACCCAUCUUUGUGUGUUCAGGUGAACCUUGCCCGCACCGUGUGGACUGCUUUGUUUCACGCCCUACAGAAAAGACCAUCUUCUUGCGUAUUAUGUAUGGUGUCAGCUGUCUUUGCCUGUUACUCAACGUUUGGGAAAUGAUUCACCUUGGCGUAGGCACCAUCAAAGAUGCACUACAAAAACGUCAUGCUGCAAUAGCCGAUGAAGAAUAUCAACUAGGCCUGCUGGGGGCCGCGGGCAUGUCAGACAGAGUGAGCGGGCCAGCACUCAGUGAAGGAGAAAUGGUGGAUGACGUCGGGAACAGAGUCAGGGAGGCAGACUAUGUGGGUUAUCCGUUCUCCUGGAGCACCCCAUCUGCACCACCAGGAUAUAACAUCGUAAUAAAGCCGGAAGCAUUGCCCUACACUGACCUAAACAAUGCCAAGAUGGCAUGCAAGCAGAACCGUGCCAACAUCGCACAAGAGGAGCAGCAGCAGUUUGGAUCCAACGAGGACAACUUUCCUUCGGCAAGUGAUGCACGGCCGCCACCAGUCAACGAAGAUGCUGUCCAGCUGGAGGCAGCUAUUCAGGCCUAUGCUCUCCAGCACAAUGCCAGCAAUAGCCAUAAUAAGAUACAAGACAACCACAACAGUAAUGAUAAGCCACAAAGUAACAUCCCCACCAUUUCUCAAAAAGACAGGAAAGCUCGGUCGAAACAUGGUAAAGAAGGCAGUGCUGGGAGCAGCAGUAGUAGCAAAUCUGGAGAGGGAAAACCAUCUGUAUGGAUCUGACGCUGUAGACAUCUGUAGACAGUUCCUCUUUACAAAAUUUUGGGUGUUUACAUUCAUACACACACGCACAUGCACAGAUGAUAUAAUUUUUAUGUAUACUGUAUACACUGUAUAUUUGUUUACUGUGUAUUAGCAUGUUUCUAGUAUUUUUUAAAUAUCUUUUGUGCCUUAUUAUCCAGGGAAUUCUUUAAGACUGAAAGAAUACUUUUGACUGAUCUUCUGGUCUUCCUGUUGUUUGAAACACUUGAACCUAUUUCUAUAUCUAUGCUUGGCCAUAGUGUUUUUAAAGAAAUGAAUUUGUUAAAAAAAAACUUUGUUGAUAUAGGUGCGAGCAGCUCCAAAGUCAUCCUUGGAUACGAGCCAAAAUUUUUCUUCAUAUGAUAUCAAGUUAUGUCAAACAUCAGAAGCAGAUAAUGAUAUCAGAUCUGUACAUCUCCACUAGAUUGCAAUGCCACAUUCCACAUUUCUAAUUAUGUGAUGUCACAUUGUGUUCAAUUUUUGGUUUCUAGAAUGGAGACUGGAUGUUGCUUAAAAACAAUGAUACCUAUAUACAAAUCCCUGUAUAUGCAUGCACAGGGUUUUUUGCUUGCUUUUAAACUCUUUACAAGGCGGUUAAAGGGUCAAUGCCGAUAUCCUAAAGUACAGUACCAUUCCUUGUUUUUUUCACAGAGCCUUCACAUGAAAAAAAAAGAAAAAAGAUAAAAGGCCACGACUGUGUACAGGCUGUUUUGUUAUACUGCCCCCCUCUGCUUAACAGAAGGUAUUUAAAAAAAAAAAAAAAAAAAAAGUAGUGUUGGAUGUUACAUUUGUCUUUAUCCACCUGUAGUGAUUAGAACCAUGUUCAGAUAUAUUUAUUUACUCUCUAAGGACUACAGGUGCGCCUGAUUUCCAGUCACUGUGAGUCACUGGUAAAUUUUGAAUGCCUACGCAUGUGUUCAUUCUUGAUAAGCCUGUGUAUCGUGUAAAGUCUUCCGUUUUGCCUUGUAUGGCCACAUUCCAAGACUUCUUUGCUCUUUCCUGCACAACUUUGAUGGCAAAACCUAAAUGCUUUGGGAGACCUAAUACUGUUCGUUAGCAUGGAUUCGUCCUGCUGCUAUGCCAUCAUGCUAACAGAGCAGAAAAGGCCAUAUAUAAAUUCUGUAUUACAUGUGAGUGAUGAAGAGAACAAACCCUUUAUAUUUCAGCAAUACAUUUCUGUAAUGAAGAUUGCUUAUUAUUGAUAUAUACAAGAUUUGGCUUGUUUGUGGUAUUCAAAUAUUUAAAAAAUGUUUUCCUAUGUGGACUUUUUCUUUAUUUAUCGUACCUUUUUGGUGAAAACGAACAAACAAAAAAAAAAGUAUGUUAUAGAGUUUAUAUCAUUGCAUUGAUUUUUUUUUUUUUAAACCAAAAUGAAGUUCAUUUUUGUAUGAACCUAAAGAUGAAACCUAUUUUAUAAAGUGUGCAAUGCCUAUUUAGCCAUACUUCCUUAUUGAUGUUAGGGCCGUUUGACUGGCAAUAGGUAUUUAAAUCUUGUAGUAAAACUAUCUUGAUUGGUAGAAAGAUAAUCUGAAUUUGCACUUUGAAAGAAAAAGAAUUGCUAAGAAAUGAGGGUGAAAAAUAUUUAAACAAUGCAGAAGAACAUCCAACUGCAGCUAAACGGUGUAUGUUUCAGCAGAAACGGAAGGAAGGGUCUAAUUAUUAGGACAACUAAACCAUAUUUAAAGUACUUUGUACAACUCUAAGGAAAGGAAAUACACUUGUUGCUACCUUGUGUCCUACAUAUGGGGACUUUUGUCUAUAUUUAUGCUUUGACCCUAAAUCAGGACGAACACUGUAGACAUGUGUUGAGUGAAGGCUUCUGGCACAGUGCUUGGCCAGCACAUCUUCUCAGCAGGGUCACAACAACUGAUGGCGCUGUAUACUCUGAUUACUGAAGAGUGAAUAUUUAUGUGCCUGUAUUUCCUUUUCGUAAAUAAGGUUAAGAAGUUUAAAAUGUAAAUUAUCUCUUAAAUAUCUCUCAUUGUUUGUCUUGUUGCCCCCACUUAUGCCUCUUUUUAUCUAUUCUUUGUAAAUGAGAAAGAAAUACAUGUAUUGUAUCUAAAAGGGAAAAAAAAACAUUCUUUUCUUAAUGUGCCAAGGUGUAAAGUACAACUAUUUACAUUUUUAGAAACUGGUUUUUGGAUUUCUUGAAAAUGCAUGCGUAGAGCUAUUUUUCGUAAUAAACACUGAAAAAACGUCUCAGUUUCAGCUGGUCCAAAGUGAGAUGACUUACUCAAACUUUACUAGAACAGCUCA